AGAAAGACCCUGGCGGGCAAGACCAUCACCCUCGAGGUUGAGCCCAGUGACACCAGUGAGAGCAUCAAAGCCAAAAUCCAAGUCAAGGGGAAGUCCAGCCUGCGCCUGGUGCUCUGUCUGCGGGCCGGCGCCGUCGAGCCUUCCCCCCGCCAGCUGGCCCAGACACACACCAGUGGCAAGAUCAUCGGCCCCCAGCGCUUUGCCUGCCCACACCCCCACGCUGUCCACCGCCGCAAGAACUGCGGCCACACCAGCCCCCUGAGCCCCAAGAAGGAGGUCAAAUAA